UGACGCAAAUGUGUUCAAAUUACGCAGCAAGAUAUAUUCAUUAGUACAUAACUAUUUUAUAAAUGAACAACAACUACUAGAGCAUUAGUCUUAUUCGUCUAGAUUUUGGUUUUUGAAAUCGUUUUUUGUUAUACAAUGCAAUCCGCGGAUGAUUUGGAAGGCCAGAGACAAGUCCAAGAACUGGCUGAGAGUGCAGAUUUUGUGCGAAGUUGUCCCGAAAGCUUCAAGUUUUUCUCCCGCAACAUCUUCAACGGACUGGAUGCCAACCAGAACAACCAGAUCAGCUGGAGAGAAAUCCAGGACAGCUUUCUGGGGAAUGUCGAAAAACUACCAUUUCAAAACAAGCACCAACUCAGAGACUGUUUCGACAAAUGGGCUACAAUUGACGGAAACGCCUCGGAGCUGAACUUCGAGGAGUUUUGUGGGUUUCUGAAAGACCUCAUGGAUUUGCUUUCCCCCACGAAAAAAGAAACAAGUCGCAGAAGGUCACAAAAGAAGUGAAUAAAAAAAGAGUUAUUUAAUUAAACUUACAAAUUAAGUUUUUGUAAUCUGGAAACGCAGCUGAGAUUUCAGCGAAGAUUUAUGGACGAAAAGACAGAAAAAACUUAGAGAGACGUGACCAGACAGGUCUAGCGACCUUUUAAAGUCUAUCUAGCUGGUGCUAAAUAUUCAUUCAUAUUUCAUUUGUUUCAAAUAUUGGUACGACCAGCCUGAAGUAAAUAUUAUAG